AUGUCCUCCACUUCCUUCGUCUCCGCCGCACGCGCCGCCUUCCCCGCUCUAUCUCCCACCUCUCCCCUCUCCAUCAACUCCCAACCCUACAUCUUCGCCGACAACGCCGGCGGCUCCCAAUGUUCCUCACACGCUCUCCACGCCUUAACUUCCUACCUAACCAACACGAACGUCCAACUCGGAGCCUCCUACUCCGUCUCCGUCUCCGCCACCUCGCGCAUCAGCGAGGGUCUGGACGCCGCGCAGGUUCUUUUCAAUGCGGAGAGCGUCGAGGAGGUAGGGUUCGCGGCGAGUUCGACUGUGGCGUGUGAUAAUAUUGCGAGGGCGUUGGAGUAUGGAGGCGAGGGAGGGGUGAAGGCGGGCGACGAGAUUAUAGUUACUGGGGAGCACGAGGCGAAUGCAGGACCUUGGAAGAAAUUGGCUCAACGCGUCGGAGCGAGCGUUAAGUUCUGGCACACGAGACAUCUCACAUCGAUAUCGCCGAACAAUCCGUAUGCGGUCGGAUUAGAUGUCGAAGAUCUCCUUCCGCUCAUCACUUCGAAGACGCGGAUCGUCGCGUUCACUGCGACUUCGAAUUUACUGGGCAGUGUCGUUGAUGUGAAGAGCGUGGUGAGGAGGUUGAGGGAGAAGGCGAAGGAGGUGGGGGUGAGGAAGGUGGAGGUUAGUGUGGAUUGUGUGGCGUAUGCGCCGCAUAGGAGGGUUGAUGUGCGGGACUGGGAUAUCGACUUUUGUUUCUUUUCGUUGUAUAAGGUUUACGGACCCCACAUUUCCACCUUCUACGCCCGCCGUUCAUCCCUCGCCAAUUCCCUCGGCUCCUUAACGCACCACUUCCUCCCCUACUCUGAUCCCGCCCACUCCACAUCCUGGAAAAUUCAACCCGGCGGCCCAGGCUACGAACUCGUCUACGCCACAACCGGCGUCCUCGAAUACCUCCUCUCCCUCGCUCCCCAUUCCACCACCUCUCCCUCCCCUUCCUCCCCUCCAUCAUUCACAUUCGAAGCCAAAGUCGCGCAACUCGACGCAGCGUUCACCGAAAUUGCGAAACACGAGCAAACGCUCGUGCAGCCGCUAUUGGACUACUUGAAGAGCAAAGAGAGCAGGGGCGUGUUGAUCGUGGGCGAUGAGAGGGGUGGAUUGGGACGGGUGCCGACGAUUAGUUUUGUGGUGAGGGGGGAGAGGCCGAUCAGGAGUAAGGAUGUGGUGGAGGUGUUUGAUAAGAAGGGAGGAAUCGGAAUUCGCUACGGACAUUUCUACGCAUAUACCCUCGUCGAAAAUCUUAGCCCCAAAAUCGACCUCGACGACGCUGCGGUGCGCAUCUCGCUCGUGCAUUAUAAUACGACGGAGGAAGUGCAGAGGAUCAUCGAGGUUUUGGAGGAGGUGUUGGCUUGAUCGAUCUGAUGGCCUUGUAUGUUAGCUAAAAAAAAUGGUGCUGUAUUUUAGCUGUUGUUGUUCUGUCAAGCUGACGAAGCUGGAGACAGCGAGUGUAUCGAGAAUAGGUGUAUGCCUUUGGGCUAAGUCGG